CACUAAAUGGCGAAUAUUUCGCCGUAGAAGAAACCGGUGAAGACUGAAGACACCAACCAGCAGGCAGCUAACAUGAGCACCAGGCAAGCUCCAGUCAAUAGAGUAAUAACAAUGCAGUAUUGAUCUCCUAAGGACUCUCACUUGCCAGUUUUAUACCACCUAUUAAAUGUCUUUCUUGUGUCGGACCAACAGAUUGCUGAUGGAGCCGUUGCUGAGAUCAUGAUCUGAAGUUAAUGUGUCCACCACUCAGCAUUAACUAUGUCUGUCCACUGCCUCCUCCGCUGCACCAUCAGACUGGAAAGAAAACAUGUAGCCACACAUUUAUUCCUGCAAAGAGCUCUGUCUGGAGCAGACACUGUCAAUGCUCUCAGACCAUUUUAUUUUGCCGUCCAUCCUGACUUCUUUGGGCAAUAUCCCAGGGAACGGGAAGUGAAUGAAAAUUCCUUAAAGAGGUUAAAUGGCUAUUUGGAAACUCUCCUGAAACCUGGCUCACGUUCAGUUCAGCCGAUGAAGCUCACUUUUUAUGUGAGAGACACAAAAGACAGCAGUGACAUGCAGCAAGAUCUUCUGACCUCAGGGUUCCGUUCAGUGAGCUUUGUCUUGCGCACCAGCGAUGUCCUGAGCACAGUGACGAAUGUGUUGAAGUCCUGCAGUCUGCCCAUGGAGCACAUGAAGGAACUUGAAGCAGUUGCUAAAUCUACCCAAAGUCGAGCUGAAGCUGCCAUUCCUUUCUCCAGACCCAUCAAGUGGGAUAAGAGCUACUAUACCUUCACUGGCUUCAGAGACCCUGAGGUGGAGCUGCAGCAUGCCGCUAGAGUUGAGCCGACUCUCAACAUGUGGCUUCAAAACAAUGAGUCAGAAGCGACGAAGAAGCACAAUGAUAGUCUUCCUCGGAGAGAAGAACUCAAACGGUUGAAAAAGGAACUGUGCCAAAAAUUUGACAUGGCAGACAUCAGGUGGCAGCGCAGUUGGGGAGUGACCCACAGGUGCUCUCAGCUUCAGAGUCUGAAUCGACUGGCUGUGCAGAAUCCAGAGGCCAUGCUCAACCUGCAAGGUUACACCGUUGUGUUUGCUGACCAAUCCGGGAUGAACGCCUCUGGCCAUGUCAUGCUGGGAACUACGGACGUUCACCACCAGUGGACCAAAAUGUUUGAGCAGCUUCCCGCCUUCCGUAUCCUGCAGCAGCAGACUGAGUGGCUCAAGGAGCGGAUCAGUCUCCUCCUGGGUGGGACUUGCGUCGUUCACACAGAGAGGCUGGGACCGGUGGAGCCCAUCACAGAGCUCUAUGGCACCCUUUCCACCUUCCAUAACAAUCUGAUAUCGCAGAGGCUUUGUCUCCACCCCAGAAGCCUUGAGGGGCUCAACAUGAUAUUGGAGAAGGGCCGCUCGAGUCCCAGCCUUCAUGAAAUGGGGCACUUCAUCAUACCUACCAACUGUGCCCCGCCCAAGCUGCAGGCUUUCCUCCAGAGCCACGCACCCAAUGCCAGACAACGCAGUCAACGGAAAAAAAUGCUGCAGGCAGAAGAGAAGGCUGUGAUGAAGAUGUGUCUCCAGAGUCUUUCUCUUCGGGGUCUUUCCAAGGAGCCCAGUGUCACCUCCAGCCAGAUGAUUCUUUGCUGUAAAAGGCUGUUGCAGCAGCGUUCACCCCUCUUGCUGGGCCUCCAUAUUUGUGUUUCCCACUUCUACUCAGUAAUGCAGGACGGGGACCUCUGCAUCCCCUGGGACUGGAAAGGUUGAACCUGAGGAGGUUCAGUAAGUCCGUAACGUACCGUUUGCAGUUUCGUUUGUACCAGGUAACAAGUAUUUUAUAGCAGUCAACAAGAAUUGAAGGAGAAACAUUCAUUCAUUCAUUCAUUUUCCGUACCGCUUGAUCCUCACGAGGGUCGCGGGGGGUGCUGGAGCCUAUCCCAGCUGUCUUCGGGCAGUAGGCAGGGGACACCCUGAAUCGGUUGCCAGCCAAUCGCAGGGCACACAGAGACGAACAACCAUUCACGCUCACACUCACACCUAGGGACAAUUCAGAGUGUUCAAUCAGCCUGCCACCCAUGUUUUUGGAAUGUGGGAGGAAACCGGAGCACCCGGAGAAAACCCACGCAGGCCCAGGGAGAACAUGCAAACUCCACACAGGGAGGCCGGAGCUGGAAUCGAACCCGGCACCUCUGCACUGUGAAGCCGACGUGCUAACCACUGGACUACCGGGCCGCGAAGGAGAAACAAUGUAGUAUUAAAGCCAGUGAGUUCACAUUGAGCUAACUAAAUGGCCAUUAAGUUCACUGAUAUUUUAAUAAAUGAUUAAUCAUUUAAGAAGCUGCACUUUAUUCUUUGCUGAAGAUGACCAAAUAGAGGAUCUCUGUCAGUGUGUAAACUGUAAAUAAGUUUUGCCAUCGCUUUACUUGAGUAUUUGGGAAAUGUGAUGAUUCAGCCGCAAGUCUGUAACAUUGGUUGUGUUCAGGUGGGAUCAGUCAAGACAAUGUAAAUUCAACCUAACAGUUAGGUCUGUUCGAUUUUGUACUUAUGCACACGUGGCUCAGUCCUUUGGCAGUUAUUUGGACACACAUGGCAGUGAACUGUUCCCUGUUUUGUGCACUUUAUUGUGGAAUUUAGUUUUUAACCAAAAUAAAAGUUGCCUUAUUCAACU